UUCCCCAAACCGCCCCCCACCCACACCCAAAACCCUCGCUCCUAUACGCCCUCCGGCGCUCCGAUGGCCGCCGCCGCCGCCGCCGCCGUUGUGGCCCGAGCUUUAGUCUCCUCCCCUAUCGCCGCCUCCCGCUCCCCCCUCACCCUCAUAAUCUCCAAGCGCUUCCUCGCGUCCUCCCCCUUCGCCGCCGGCCUCCUCGGGCUCCGCUCCUCGUCGCCCGGCCUCUCCCGCGUGGCGGUCCGGCUGGGGGUGGCUCGGAUCAACUCGGUCCGGUGCAUGGCCCGGCGGGCUGGUGACUCGGCUUACUCGCCGCUGAACUCUGGGUCGGGCGGAGGGUUUAGCGACCGGCCACCGACGGAGAUGGCGCCGCUGUUCCCCGGGUGCGACUACGAGCACUGGCUCAUCGUCAUGGACAAGCCCGGCGGCGAGGGGGCCACCAAGCAGCAGAUGAUCGACUGCUACAUCCAAACCCUAGCCAAGGUCGUCGGCAGUGAGGAGGAAGCUAAGAAGAAAAUUUAUAAUGUGUCUUGUGAGCGGUACUUUGGAUUUGGGUGCGAGAUUGACGAGGAGACAUCAAAUAAGCUUGAAGGCCUUCCUGGUGUUCUGUUUGUGCUUCCAGAUUCUUAUGUUGAUCCUGAGAAUAAGGACUAUGGAGCUGAGUUGUUUGUGAAUGGGGAGAUUGUGCAAAGAUCUCCAGAGAGGCAGCGGAGGGUUGAGCCGGUGCCGCAGAGAGCGCAAGAUAGACCCAGAUACAACGACAGGACCCGGUAUGUGAGGCGGAGGGAGAAUCAACGUUGAGCAUGUGUGUUCUAGCUGAAGGUUUGGCUGUACACACAUUGGAAGAUAAGUUAUAUAUAGCUCAAGGUGCAUUUAUGUGAUGUUAGCUGGGAGAUAUGCAUUGUGGCAGGACAGUUUAUCGUUUGCCUAUUUUCCUGCGAGGUACUGUGUUCAUCCAGGUCAUAGCUUGAGUCUAAUGAAAUGUUUCAGUUGAUGGCUUUUUGUGUAUGCAGUUGGACUUGGGAUUUAUUAAGCUAUAAUGUUUUGCUCUUUGUUUGUUCCUGCGUA